AAACAACAAAGUUGGACAGAAUUCUAUAUAAUUUUUAUUUAUUUCGGGUUUUUUUCAGUGAUAUUUAUCGUUUUCGUUAUCGAUUUUAUUGCCGAUCACUCGUUUUUCGUUGCGUCAUGAUGUCCUCAGAAGGCAUAGAGCGCUAUUUUGGCGCCGGCGACAGUGAACAACGAACAGCACUUCAAUUUGCGUUUUAUAAUGUGCUACUUUUUGUUUUGCUCGGAGUCUCAUUAUGUGGUCUGGCUGCUCUCUACAACAUGAUGUACAUGUUUUUAUCACCAAUGCUCUGGGCGGUGCUCGUUGGUACAGUACUUUUCCCGUUCAAAAAGAAGGUCGCAGAUACUGUUCAGCAUUGGCUAAGAAAUCUUCAAAAAUCGAAUCAAACUCUCGCCAAAUCAGUGAUUACUCUCCCGUUCACCGGAUUCUCCAAAAUUUCUGAAAAAAUCUACACAACCUUCGCCAGCCCGAAUGGAGCUAUAAUUGUUAUAGCCUAUACUGCGUUGAAAAUUCUUUCAUAUGAAAGAACUUUUAUGUAUAUUAUCAGCUGGAUGGGACGACUCUACGGAUAUUUGGAUUCUUUCAUUGUUUUCUUUGCGAGACCCUGGGUUCUUCCACUGAUUAUCGUUUAUUUCUGCUGCUACGCCGCCUGGAUUUAUGUUCAAAACCCGAAAGAGAUUAAUAAGAAGCUUGCAAGAUCAUUUUCUCUUCCCAUUUGGAUCUACGUAAUUUCCUACGCUUCCCUGUAUUUCGGACCUCUGAGAGCCGGUGUUUUUGGAGUUUCAGCUGCUGUCCUGGGAAUGUUAUCAGCCGGAUUAAUUGGAGGUCAUAGACCAAGUGAAGAAUUACUUGAGAAAGAAAAUUCUUCUGAAAAUCUAGAUGAAUCCAUUCUUCCUCCAAACGUGGAGAAAGUUCUGGAAACUGCGAAAGAAAAAUUGGACGCAACAGAACAAUCGCUUCUCGACAAUUCCCUUCUCUCCACAUCAACAGUAGACGAAGCUAUCACUGGAGACUGGCUAAUUCGUUGUGUUUUCGGUCUUUGUGCUCUUCUUUGGGUUGUACGUCAUGAUGGAGCCCUGAUUCUUCUCGCAAUUCCAUUUGUAUUGGCUGUAAUCUCCAGAACUGCCGAACAACUUGGAAUCACUGCCGCUAUCCAUAAUUUCCUGGAUUCCACUUGGCAAAAGAUGUCACCAUCAGUCACAAAAAUCGUGGAGAUUACCGUAGCCGGGCCAUUACGACAAUUUGUGAAAAUGUUGUUCUCAUCGGAUAAAUAUAUUGUUGAUACACUACAUGAUAAGAUGGAUGUAUUGUCAUCUGUAAUAGUUAUGGCUCUUCUCGCAUUUUCUGCAAUCUUUUCCGUAUUCUUCUUUGGAUUCCAACUGCAUGGAGAAACGGUUCAUCUUGUCAGACUUACAUCGAAUGUGGUGAAUUCUCGUCCGGAUUGGCUUGCCGCGGCGAUGGAUUAUACGGAGGAUCAGUUGGAAGAGAAUAAUAUUGAUAUUGAUGAUUAUGUUCAGCAGGCUUACGAACAAGGCCGUACUUGGUUGGCCUCCAAUGUGAGAUCCCUGGCGAACGCAAAAGACACAAAAAGAGCCGAUAUGCUCGAGGAGCAGGUUAAGCAAGUCGUUGAUAAACUCUACAAUAUGUGGGAAGAGAGAAAUAAUAAUUUCACAGUUGCAGUAAAUCAGGAGCCACGCGGUGAUGUCUGGACUCAAUUGAAGGGGGUCACUGAUUUGACAGCACUGAAAGACGAGCUAACACUGAUUGUCAAGGAGAAUUUGGACACUCUUAUGGGGAUCGCCCAAUCUAUUGGAGCAAUUCUUGCCGUAAAUGUGUCAAUCUUCUCUUCACUUUUGGUCUCUCUCGCCGGAAUUAUUUUAAGCUUUGGAAUGGAUUUGCUCAACACAUUUAUCGAGAUGAUUGUCUUCCUUACAAUGGUAUAUUAUCUUCUCUCGGCUUCUCGUACUCGCUGGCUUCCUCUUCAAUGGGCUUCUGAUCUCUCAGCAGUCACUACAGCCGAUGGCUCGUCAGCAGGAAAUCAGCAUCAUAUUACUGUAGCGAUAGAACAUGCGAUUUUCGGAGUAUUCGUUCUUUCUGCAAAAAUGGCUGUUUUCUACGGUCUCUACACUUAUUUUGUGCACAGUCUUUUCGAUUUGAACAUUGUAUUUGUUCCAUCAAUGGCUGCCACAGUAUUCGCUGCUAUUCCAAUUAUGCCUCCCUACAUCGUCGCAAUCUUCGGAAUCGUCGAACUCUGGCUGGUUCGAGGAGAAGGAGCAGCUGCUCUUGUAUUCACAGUCGCUUCAUUUGCUCCUGUAAUGUUCGCAGAUGCUACUUUUUACCGGGAAGUUAAGGGAUCUCAUCCAUAUGUGACCGGUUUGGCUAUCAUUGGUGGAAUGUACUGGUUGGGAUUGCAGGGCGCAAUCAUAGGACCAAUUGUUCUCUGCCUUUGCCUCGUACUUGUCAACGUUUAUCUCCAGCACGUGAAGCCAACAGCUCUGUACACCCCAGCUCCGUCUCCACGAAAUGUGAAGCUGCAUAAUCAUUGAUUAUAUUAAUCAAAAAUAUUUUUCGCAUUCUUUAGACACUGCCUUUAGUUUGUUUGACCCCUGUAUUUUACAAAUUUCGGUUCUUGCCAUUCCUGGUGAACUUUUGUCUCAUAAUAAACAUGUAUUUUUUUUCGGA